GGGAGUUGUAGUUUCGGCUCGGCCGACCCGGCGAGUCCAGUGGCCGCACUCCGGUGCGGCGGCGCCGGAGGCCCGAGGCGGAAGUGGGACGGUCAAGCAGGGAGGCGAGGGCUCGGGAUCUACGGCCGCGGGGCGCCGACGAGGGGUGCAGGACUCAGGAAGGGCGAGUGCGCGGCGACAGGGCCCGGGGAAGGAGGAAGGGCAAGGCCGGGCUUGGGGGCAGGUGGUCCGGGCAUCCAGCCUUGAAGAUGCACAAGAGGAAAGGACCCCCGGGACCACCGGGCAGAGGCGCCGCGGCCGCCCGUCAGCUGGGCCUGCUGGUUGACCUCUCCCCAGACGGCCUGAUGAUCCCUGAGGACGGAGCUAACGAUGAAGAACUGGAGGCUGAGUUCUUGGCUUUGGUCGGGGGCCAGCCCCCAGCCCUGGAGAAGCUCAAAGGCAAAGGUCCCUUGCCGAUGGAGGCCAUUGAGAAGAUGGCCAGCCUGUGCAUGAGAGACCCGGAUGAGGAUGAGGAGGAGGGGACGGAUGAGGAUGACUUGGAGGCUGAUGACGACCUGCUGGCAGAGCUAAAUGAGGUCCUUGGAGAGGAGCAGAAGGCUUCAGAGACCCCACCUCCUGUGGCCCAGCCGAAGCCUGAGGCCCCCCAUCCGGGGCUGGAGGCCACCCUGCAGGAGAGGCUGGCGCUCUAUCGGACAGCAAUUGAAAGCGCCAGACAAGCUGGAGACAGCGCCAAGAUGCGGCGCUACGACCGGGGGCUUAAAACACUGGAAAACCUGCUGGCCUCCGUCCGGAAGGGCAAUGCCAUUGACGAGGUGGACAUCCCGCCGCCAGUGGCCGUAGGAAAAGGCCCGGCGUCCACGCCUAGCUACAGCCCUGCACCCACACAGCCGGCCCCUGGAAUCACGUCAGCCCCAGAGCCCAGGGUCACCCUGGAGGGACCUUCUCCCACUGCCCCAGCCUCAUCUCCAGGCUUGGCUAAGCCCCAGAUGCCCCCAGGUCCAUGCAGCCCUGGCCCUCUGGCCCAGUUGCAGAGCCGCCAGCGUGAGUACAAGCUGGCCGCCCUCCACGCCAAGCAGCACGGAGAUACCGCUGCUGCCGCCAGACACUUCCGCGUGGCUAAGAGCUUUGAUGCUGUCUUGGAGGCCCUGAGCCGGGGUGAGCCCGUGGACCUCUCCUGCCUGCCCCCUCCACCCGACCAGCUGCCCCCAGACCCACCGUCACCACCGUCGCAGCCUCCGACCCCCGCUACAGCGCCCUCCACACCAGAGGUCCCCCCACCCCCGAGGACCCUGCUGGAGGCGCUGGAGCAGCGGAUGGAGCGGUACCAGGUGGCCGCAGCCCAGGCCAAGAGCAAGGGGGACCAGCGAAAAGCUCGAAUGCACGAGCGCAUCGUCAAGCAAUACCAAGAUGCCAUCCGAGCUCACAAGGCUGGCCGAGCCGUGGAUGUCGCUGAAUUGCCAGUGCCCCCAGGCUUCCCCCCAAUCCAGGGCCUGGAGGCCACCAAGCCCACCCAGCAGAGUCUAGUGGGCGUCCUGGAGACUGCCAUGAAGCUGGCUAACCAGGAUGACGGCCCAGAGGAUGAAGAGGAUGAGCAGAACAGCCCCGUAGCCCCCACAGCCCAGCCAAAAGCCCCACCCACAAGGGCUCCCCAGUCAGGAUCAGCCCCAGCAGCCAAAGCGCCCCCCAAAGCCACAUCCACCAGAGCCCAGCAGCAGCUGGCCUUCCUAGAGGGCCGCAAGAAGCAGCUCCUGCAGGCCGCACUGCGAGCCAAGCAGAAAAACGACGUGGAGGGCGCCAAGAUGCAUCUGCGCCAGGCCAAGGGACUGGAGCCUAUGCUGGAGGCCUCACGCAAUGGGCUGCCUGUGGACAUCACCAAGGUGCCGCCCGCCCCUGUCAACAAGGACGACUUUGCCCUGGUCCAGCGGCCCGGCCCGGGUCUGUCUCAGGAGGCCACCCGGCGCUAUGGUGAACUCACCAAGCUCAUACGGCAGCAGCAUGAGAUGUGCCUGAACCACUCAAACCAAUUCACCCAGCUGGGCAACAUCAUUGAAACCACCAAGUUUGAAAAGUUGGCGGAGGACUGUAAGCGGAGCAUGGACAUUCUGAAGCAAGCCUUCGCCCGGGGUCUCCCCACGCCCACCGCCCGCUUUGAGCAAAGGACCUUCAGCGUCAUCAAGAUCUUCCCUGACCUCAGCAGCAACGACAUGCUCCUCUUCAUCGUGAAGGGCAUCAACUUGCCCACACCCCCAGGACUGUCCCCUGGCGAUCUGGAUGUCUUUGUUCGGUUUGACUUCCCCUAUCCCAACGUGGAAGAAGCUCAGAAAGACAAGACCAGUGUGAUCAAGAACACAGACUGCCCUGAGUUCAAGGAGCAGUUCAAACUCUGCAUCAACCGCAGCCACCGUGGCUUCCGAAGGGCCAUCCAAAUCAAGGGCAUCAAGUUCGAAGUGGUUCACAAGGGGGGGCUGUUCAAGACUGACCGGGUGCUGGGGACAGCCCAGCUGAAGCUGGAUGUACUGGAGACAGCAUGUGAGGUUCGGGAGAUCCUUGAGGUCCUGGAUGGUCGCCGGCCCACAGGGGGGCGACUGGAGGUGAUGGUCCGGAUUCGGGAGCCACUGACAGCCCAGCAGUUGGAGACGACGACGGAGAGGUGGCUGGUCAUUGACCCUGUGCCGGCAGCUGUGCCCACACAGGUUGCUGGGCCCAAAGGGAAGGCCCCUCCUGUGCCUGCCCCUGCAAGGGAGUCAGGGAACAGAUCAGCCCGGCCCCUGCAUAGCCUCAGUGUGCUGGCCUUUGACCAAGAGCGUCUGGAGCGGAAGAUCCUGGCCCUCAGGCAGGCGCGGCGGCCGGUGCCCCCAGAAGUGGCCCAGCAGUACCAGGACAUCAUGCAACGCAGCCAGUGGCAGAGGGCACAGCUGGAGCAGGGGGGCGUGGGCAUCCGACGGGAAUAUGCAGCCCAGCUGGAGCGGCAGCUGCAGUUCUACACGGAGGCUGCCCGGCGCCUGGGCAAUGAUGGCAGCAGGGAGGCUGCAAAGGAGGCGCUCUACAGGCGGAAUCUGGUAGAGAGUGAGCUGCAGCGGCUCCGUAGGUGAGGAGCCCAUGGGGCGGGCAGCCCCCAGAAAGCGGGCAGCAGGCCCUGACACCGGGAAGAGCCGACACAGCCACGGACCAGACAAGCAGACAGACAAUCAGCGGACAAUCGGUUCUGGACUCACCCCUCAUCUGGGCCCCCAGCCCAGCCAGAGCCUCCGUGGCUGCGGGUGUUGGGAACGAUGCCUGCCAGCCAGUAUGUGCCCCUCACCCAGGCCUGGGUGGGCCCUGGAGAGUCCUGUUUGCACAGCCCAGGGGUGUCCGGCCUCUGGCCCGCCCCGGAGCAGGGAGGGUGGCUGGGACCAAGCCCCGAGGCCCCCUGCAAGCACUUUACUUCCUGUUCCUCCCCAGCCUUAACCCCAAAGCCCUCCUGCACCCCAAAGAAGCCGCUGAGGCUGACCGAGCCCCAAUGUCUCCCCAGGGGCGUCAGCCUGGCCCAGCUGGGUCCCCAGAGCCAGCAUAUGGAAUAAAAUAGCCAGGGCCACACUCA